UUCAGAUAUAUAUGACAUCAAAAUAAUAUCUUACGUUAAAGUUCUUAAAAAAUAACUUUUUUUAGGGUGCGUAUAUAUAUAUAUAUGUGCCUAUCAUUUAUACUAUUACAAUAAAUAUCCACAGAACAUGGAAUAGGAACGAAAACUAUUAUAAAAGAUUAUCAUGAAAUUUUAUUAAUGUUUGGUUAAUAUGACAUUUUGGUAUUGCUGACAUCGAAUGUGUUUUUCUUCCUUUUUAAUUUUAUAUCUAAAAUAAUAAAGUAAAUUAUUUUAAAGUAGUGAUGGCUAAUCAUUACGAAGUACCCAAUUGGGCUGGGAAACCACCAGUUGGAUUACAUUUAGAUGUACUGAAGAAUGAUAAAUUAAUUCAAAAAUUAAUGGUUGAUGAGAAAAAAUGUUACUUAUUUGGCCGUAAUCAACAAUUAAAUGAUUUUUGCAUAGAUCAUGCUUCUUGUUCUCGGGUUCAUGCUGCUCUUGUUUAUCAUAAACAUCUGAAUCGUGCAUUUCUUGUUGACUUGGGUAGCACACAUGGAACAUUUAUUGGUAAUCUUCGUUUGGAACCACAUAAACCUACACAAUUACCAAUUGAUAGUACAUUUCAUUUUGGAGCUUCUACUCGAUAUUAUAUCAUUAGAGAAAGACCUCAAACAGGUACUAGACCUAUUAUUGAAGAAUUAGAAAAACUAUCAGAAGAUACAGAUGCUGGUGGUUUAUUGGGUUUACCUGAAACAGAAACAGAACUUGAUAAUUUAACAGAAUUUAAUACUGCACAUAAUAGACGUAUAUCUAUGUUAGGCAUUACAGAUGAUGAAAUUCAUAAACCAACUAGAAAACGAAAGAAAAAAGGAAUUACUUUCAAUGAUGAUGAAGAAGUAAUAAAUCCGGAAGAUGUUGAUCCAUCAGUUGGAAGAUUUCGUAAUCUUGUACAAACUACUGUCGUUCCCAGUAAAAGAAUGCGUAUGGAAGGAGGUUUAAUAUCUCUAUCAGAGGAUCAUAAUCCUUUAAAACAUCUUCAGCCAAUGACAACUACACCUCAGCUUUAUCAAGAUUUACCACCAGAACAGUUUACUCCAUCGUCGUUAUCUCUUAAUCCAUUUUCUAGUGCAUUAUCUUCACUAUCGUCUCGACUUGGUAUUGCAUUACCAAAUCCAGCACCUGAGGUAGAAAUGACACCAAAUCAAAUACAAACAGAAACACCACACAUACCUGAAAUACCAGGACCUACUGAUACACGAACAAUGGAACCAAAAAAGAAAAAAUACGCCAAAGAAGCUUGGCCUGGCAAAAAACCCAUUCCAACACUUUUGGUGUAAUAGUAUUAAGGAACUUAUUUUUAUUAGACAGUUCUUUAUUAUUUGAAAUUUAGAAAAUUAAGUUAUAUAAGAAUCUGUGCAUAAAUUACUCGUAUAAUAAAUUACUUUAAGAUUUUAGUUAAUAUUAAGUAACUGUUUACUAAUUAUAUUAGUAUCUUCUUAUUAACUAUAUUACUAUCUUUUGAAACUAUCAUUAAAUUUAUUUUAAGAGAAACCGACUAUAAUUGUAUUUAAAUAGUAAUUUGUUUUUCAUUUAUAUAUAUUAUCAAUUUAAAUUUAAAUAUUUAUUAUACUUUUCCAAGGAAAUGAAAAUUGUAAUUAAAAUUUCUUGUAAGAUAAACAUAAAUAAAUA